UUCUUCAAUUGAAAGUUCCGAAUACGUUCUGAUUGUAGUGGAACUGUAUAUUUGAUCAAUAAAUUGUAAUAUUAAAAGGAAGUUUAAGAAAUUGAUGUAUAUAUCAAAUGGGAACCCAUCAAAACAUAUAUUAAGAAUAAUGAUGUGAAUAUUUUUGACUCACAAAAAUAAAAAUUAAGUUGGGCAAGUUGAGAUAUGAAAAUUAGAGUGGAUAAUCUAAUGGUCGCUCCUAAGCCAAACCAAUGAUUAACAGUAAUCACUGGUUACACGUUACACAACUUCAAAUAACGAUAAAUAAAAAAAAAAAUAUGUCACUGAUGUGCAGUGUUCAAAUUGUUGAAACAUCUAAUUGGAAUGGGAGCAUGGUUGAAAAUUCGGCAUCUAAGUAUUUGACAACUGAAAAUAUGAAUAACAUCUUUAUUACCAAAUCUAAUACAUCAUUGAUGGAUACUGAUGCAACGGCUGAACUUGAUCAAUUUUAUUUUUACGAGACUGAGCAGUUCACGGUACUAUGGAUUUUGUUCAUUGUCAUUGUCGUUGGGAACACAGCAGUACUCACAGGUCUGCAAUUAGGAAAACGUAGAAAAUCAAGAAUGGAUUUUUUCAUCAAGCAAUUGGCACUUGCUGAUUUGUUUGUGGGUUUUAUCUCAGUUUUAACAGACAUUGUUUGGCGAACUACUGUUGCCUGGGUUGCUGGUAAUAUUGCCUGUAAAUUUGUUAAAUUCAGUCAAGUACUUGUGACGUACAGCUCAACAUAUGUGCUAGUUGCAUUGUCAAUCGAUCGAUACGAUGCAAUAACAAAACCAAUGAAUUUCUCCGGAAGUUGGAAGCGUGCACGAGUACUUGUGGUUUCGGCAUGGGGACUUUCUGGUAUCUUGAGCAUUCCAAUUCUCUUUCUUUAUGAAGAAAAAAUUGUACAAGGUAAGAAACAAUGCUGGAUUGAUCUAGAUUCACCUCUGAAAUGGCGUAUUUAUAUGACCCUUGUGAGCUUCACAUUAUUUUUGGUGCCAACUAUUAUCAUCAGUGGUUGCUAUAUUAUUAUUGUUGCAACAAUAUGGUCUCAGAAUAAUGCACUACGUCAGGGUCCAAUGAGAGACAGAAGAGCAUCAUCCAGAGGACUGAUACCGAGAGCUAAAAUUAAAACAGUCAAAAUGACAUUUGUUAUUGUUUUUGUAUUUAUACUUUGCUGGAGUCCAUACUUUACAUUCGAUUUACUGCAAGUUUAUGGAUACAUACCAAAGACACAGACAAAUAUUGCUUUGGCAACAUUCAUCCAAAGUCUUGCACCUCUCAAUUCAGCAGCGAAUCCAAUUAUAUAUUGUCUUUUCAGUAAAUCAUUUUUCAAGACCGUACGGUAA